CAGCAUAUAAUGCGCUAUUUCAAUGAUUGUGUCUACGCAGCCGGUUUAUAUAAAGAAAAUCCUAAUGAAAUUACUCCAACCCAAUCUCAACUUCAAGAAGUUCAGAUAAAUAGCUUAAUAUAUCAUUUGCAGGAUAAUUAUUCGUUGUGUUGGCCCGAAGUUUGUUGGAUGAAGGAUAAUCAAGAAUUAUGUAUUCAAGAUCCAACAUUAAAACAUUAUUCACAAGUUCAAAUUAAUGAAUUUCGACAAAU